UGUGCAAUACCUGAAAGAAAGGAAGAUGUUGCUGACUGUGCUCAAACAGUUUUCCUUUUUGCCUUUUCUUGUGUUUCAGUGCGCCCGAAGUCUUUGCCAGGGAUUAACUUCAUCAAAGUGUUGACAGAACACGAGGAUGCAUUCGACGUGCUGUACUGCAUAGCGUUCGAGAUGAUGGACGCCCAGUGGCUAGCAAUGCGAGCCUCGUACAUGCAGUUCAAAGAGGUGCUGAAGGCCACAAGGCAGCAGCACGAGAGGGAGCUCUCCCUGGAGGAUCUCAAUAGCAUCCAUGACCUCCCUGCCUGCAACCUUUUGUACAAAUAGUACUAAUGGUAGUUAGAUUACUGUGAUGUAGUCAAAGGAAAAUUGUAUGAUGAUCAGGUCGCAUCGUAACCAGAAUCAUCAAUCAGCCUGUAAAAAGAGAAUAUGUGAAAAUUGUAUUAAACUGAAUUGACUACUGUUGAGGUCAAAAGGUUGUGUUUUGCGGUCAUGUGAAGGAGGAGGCACUUUUUGACUGGAUCCGCCCGGGAGCAUACAUAGGACAACUGCUAGCUUCCGAUCCAAUGCAAUGAAUGAUCACUAAGCAGACCCUUUUGAGGCUGGUGGAUUGUGUAGAUUUAAUAUGCAAAAAAAGAUAAGAGACAGGUAUUGUGUA